UGGCGAGUUCAUUCGUACCGUUUGAAAGCAAUCCCGUUAGUGUGUGUGAGUGAACACAAGCGUAAACAAAGCGAAAGUACCAUCAAGUGAAGCAAAAGUUUGAACGAAAAAACAAUGGCAGAUACAGCAACGGAAGUUCCCGCCGCCGCAGCAGCCGCACCAGCAGCCGUGGCCAAGUCGCCGAAGAAGCCCAAAGCGGCCGCCGGACCCAAGAAGCCAAAGGCGCCAGCUGCCCAUCCUCCGGUCAACGAGAUGGUGCUGGCAGCGGUGAAGGCGUUGAACGAGCGCAACGGAUCGUCGCUGCAAGCUAUCAAGAAGUACGUGGCAGCCAACUACAAGGCCGACGUGACCAAGCUGGCGACCUUCUUCAAGAAGGCCCUGAAGAGCGGAGUGGCCAGCGGUAAGCUGGUGCAGACCAAGGGAACCGGAGCGUCGGGUUCGUUCAAGCUGUCGGCUGCGGCCAAGAAGCCACCAGUAGAGAAGAAAAAGAAGGCUGUCGCUCCCAAGAAGAAGUCGGCAUCGGCGGCGGACAAGAAGAAGAAGGUCGCUGCCAAGAAGCCAGCCGGAGAGAAGAAGGUAAAGAAGGUGACGAAGAAGGCCGAGGGAGCCGCGGCCAAGAAGCCAAAGGCCGCAGCAACCGCCGCCAAAAAGCCAAAAGCGGCCACCGCCGCCAAGAAACCAAAGGCUGCCGAUGCUGCCAAGAAGGCGGCCAAGAAGCCAGCAGCUCCGAAGCAGAAGUCCACGAAGCCUUCGAAGACCCCAGCUGCCAAGCCCAAGGCACCGAAACCGAAGAAGGCUGCCGCGCCCGCCAAGAAGGCAGCUGCCCCAAAGAAAGCUGCAGCCAAGAAGUAAAUGGGUCUCCCGUCGCCGUGGGACGCUGCCCCAGAUUGUACAACUUAAGCAACAGUCCUUUUCAGGG